CUGCCGGCCCUCGGCAGCGCUUCGUCCUGGGCCUGGCCCUGGGCGGCCGGCUGCUGACUGCGACUGCGCGCUCCGAGGCCUGCAGAGACAGCCCGGGGCACCUGUUACCGCACCGCUCAAGACCGGAAGCGGAAAUGGAAUCGAGAUAGCCUCGCGCGUUUAGCCGGCCGCUGCCACCUCCACGCCCUAGGCCGGGCCGACUUACGGAGUCGCCGGAAGCGGAAGUCGCUGAGGGGUGGUGGAGCGGUUGGGAAAGUGUCGGUUUAUCUUCGCGCCCCUUGCGUUCUUGCCGCCGCUUGCCUGGGCAGGUAAAGCGCGAUUGCGAGAGCUCGGCAACCCUGCCGACUCAGCCGGAACCGGCUCCCGGCCCGAGGGGCGUGGUAUCCUGGUGCUCCGACUCCUUCCGCCGGCUCCUUGGGACCCGCGGUUCCGGGAGUCCCUUGCUCAGGGUCCCUUUCCUGCAGUGAGGCGCCGUCCGCCUUCCCUGUGUCCCCGCAGACCCCCAUCAUGGGCAAUACCAGCAGUGAGCGCGCCGCGCUGGAGCGGCAUGGUGGCCAUAAGACGCCCCGGAGGGACAGCUCGGGGGGCACCAAGGACGGGGACAGGCCCAAGAUCCUGAUGGACAGCCCUGAAGACGCCGACCUCUUCCACUCCGAGGAAAUCAAGGCACCAGAGAAGGAGGAAUUCCUGGCCUGGCAGCAUGAUCUGGAAGUGAAUGAUAAAGCUCCCGCCCAGGCUCGGCCAACGGUGUUUCGAUGGACGGGGGGCGGAAAGGAAGUUUACUUAUCUGGGUCCUUCAACAACUGGAGUAAACUUCCCCUCACCAGAAGCCACAAUAACUUUGUAGCCAUCCUGGAUCUGCCGGAAGGAGAGCAUCAGUACAAGUUCUUUGUGGAUGGUCAGUGGACCCACGACCCUUCCGAGCCCAUAGUAACCAGCCAGCUUGGCACAGUUAACAACAUCAUUCAAGUGAAGAAAACUGACUUUGAAGUAUUUGAUGCUUUAAUGGUGGAUUCCCAAAAGUGCUCCGAUGUGUCUGAGCUGUCCAGUUCCCCCCCAGGACCCUACCAUCAGGAGCCCUACGUCUGCAAACCCGAAGAGCGCUUUCGGGCACCCCCUAUUCUCCCCCCACAUCUCCUCCAGGUCAUCCUGAACAAGGACACGGGCAUUUCCUGUGAUCCAGCUUUGCUUCCUGAGCCCAAUCACGUCAUGCUGAACCACCUAUACGCGCUGUCUAUCAAGGAUGGAGUGAUGGUGCUCAGCGCAACCCACCGGUACAAGAAGAAGUACGUCACCACCUUGUUAUACAAGCCCAUAUGAAGAGCUGGGGGCCGAUGGUGGCCCAGGAGACAGCGCACCACCAGGCUCCACACGUGCAUGCUUUCCCCAAGAGGGAAUGGACUGUACAUUGCUCAUUUCACACUCUUCAGAAGACAUUUCAUACCUGCCCUGGUCCUGCUUGAAGGUUUGUCCAGGCAGAGCAGCUCCUGCAGCGCCUUGGUCUGUGACAGUCCUCCUAGCACCCCCAUGGCUUUGAGCCUCGGGGACUCAUCAAGUCCAAGAAAAGUGGGAGGGGUGGCAGAGGAUCUGCAGCCCUGGCCCCGCGGUGCAUGAGGCCGGGUGCAGUUCUAAACCCACAUUCUCGAUUUUUCUUAAGCCAAAAAUGAAUGCUAACUCCUUUGCCAGUAAAAUUCUGGGAAACGGGGACUGAGGCCACACAUCAUUUCCAGUCGUCUGUGUGUUUUUAAGGCCAGCCACUUGUCCCUGUUGAGGCCUGGCUAUGGAACUAAAUACAGUGUCGGCCUUGCCUCUCCUUCAAAAUCAACAAUAGAUUCUCUCUCGGCUCCAGGGAGGUGUCAUUUCUAUAGAAAUUAGACACUUUCUGAUUUCUAGAUGAAGUUUUACAAUUGUUUCUUACAGUCAUGUGCACUAAGUACUCUUUGUAAGCAGAGGUGGCUGGCUCUGCAGCCUUAAGACCAUUUUUUAAGUCACCACGACUAGAAGUCACAUGAACUCUGCUCAGCAAUAAUCUGUUCUCAGAACAGACUUUUCAACCUGCUGCCGGAUUUGUCCAUUCAGCUGGAUGAUCCUCAGGACUGACCAGUUAGCUGGCAGGUUGUCCAGCUUUUUAUUCCAGUCAUAAUAGGUGACAGUGUUAACCGUGAAAACUUGAGAGGCACUCUGCCCUCUUCCCUAUAAAAUCACACAGCGUGAUUUUACAAGGUCUCGUGGCACCUUGCUCAGGACCUCUGCCCCUAGUUAGCAAGACUGCAGCAGUUGCUGUUGCUUAUUCUGAAAGGAAUGUAGAACUUGACAGCAGCCUUCUGAGUCUGGGUCAGGAAGAUGUCCUUUGGACCAAAGCAGACUUCUUUAUACGCAGCUCAGUUUACCGGGAGUCGCCACAGAUGUACCCACUAGCCCAGGUUGCUGUGAGUCAGCGGAAGCUCCCGUUAUGCCCUUUGCUCCUGGUGGGAGAGGGAGGAGUGAGCUCCCUGGGUUCCAGUAUUUACUUGGUAUACCUGAGUUUGGGGGUACCCUUUUUUGUGACUGUUUUCAAAACAGUGAAUUCCUGUCACCUUGAUGUACAAGUUUCAAUAAAACUUUGUAAAAAUAAUUGGA